AAGAGACGUCAAAAUCAGUUGAUUUUGUGUUUGGAAAUCGAUCGCGCGCGAGUGAAAGUUUUGUUCGACAAAGAAGAGACAAAGAGAUGAAUUUUCUUCCUCAAACCUGGUCAGGAUACGCGAAGACGGAUGGUGGGAAUGGAGAUGAGGGGACAAAGGGGAAAUCUUGGCCAAUGUUGCGUGAGAAAACCAUGUCGGAGUCUCAAAAUGCAGGACAAGACCCCAUUUCCGUGGAGACCUUGAGCCUCAAACUUGAGGAUUUGGAGAUGGACGCUGUGAUUGAGAGCCUGGAGAAGGAUCAUGUGCGGGUGGAUGGGAAGCAUGUGAGUGAGAGUGAUGAUGAGAGGGAUGAGAGUAGCGAACCCACCAAGGUCACGGAGGCAAUUAGGGCGGAACGUCGUCAACGGAGGAGGCAGGUGAAGCAGCAGAAGAGGGAUGAGAAGGUUCUGGCUGAGAGGAGGGAAUCCAAGUACAAACAGGUGCAGCUCAUAAGGCAGAGUGAUCUAGAACGCUAUAAGGAUUGUCUUAAGGAUCAGCCAGAUCGGGAACGUCCUUCGUGGUUUAGCAGGGGUGCCAAGGAUGCGACGUUCUCUCUGGAGCAUUUUAUGGCGCCCAAAACAAAAGUACAGCAAUGCCCCAAGGUCAUGACAAACAUUCCAGGUGAGAUUGUCCGUCACCGUGGGAAGAAGCACGAAUUCCCAAAGCCAAAGCCCCGCACAACGGCCAAGAGGCGCAUCCUGGAGAUUCGUCACGAGAAGGCGAAUGAGGAGUUCAAGGACACAAAGCUCACCCCCUACAAUCCCCACAGUAGACGCUACCGUGAGUACUGUGAUCACUUCACAGAGGAGGAUCUGUGUGGGCGCGUCGAGGCCAUCCUGCAGGACCUCUUCCGUUUCCAGGAUCGUGCAUUCCAUCGCAAUGAGAUAAAGGCCAGAGCCAAGAGACGCUACGUCGUGGGAUUCAAAGAAGCCAAUCGAAUGCUGGAUGUAAACAAGGUAAAACUCUUGAUCGUAGCGACGGAUUUGGAGAGAAGCCCCGGAGAGGGGGGUCUCGAUGAGGCUGUCUAUGCGCUACGUAAGAGAGUGAGAGAAGCCAAAGUACCUUAUGUGUUCGCCCUGUCGCGCCGUGGCAUUGGGAAUAUCCUACAGAAGUCACCAGCUGUCAGCUGUGUCGCCGUCCUUGACUACAGUGGGGCCAAAGAGAAGGUGGAUGAGCUACUGGAGGUGGUGGACCAGAAGCGUUCCAUGUACAAUGAGCUAUGCGCCGAUUGGGGCACAAUUGACUCUCUGAUCUCACAAGAUUAAAUGAAAAAAAAAAUGCUCUCUUCUCGAUCUGGUCAAUAACACUGGCGGUAAAAUGUGGCACAGGUGGCACACAAGCAAAUUUUCGAUUCUAUUUUAAAUAAAAUUCAGCAAGAAAAAAAUAAACAAAAAAAAUCACUAACUUCGGGGGAAAUAAACUAUUAGAAAUAAUGUACUAUAGCUAUUAGAUCCCACUCUCCCCUUGGCAUCUAAGGGGAUGCAAAGUGGGUGGAAAAAAUUACUCUGGUGAUGUUGUCAAUUCCACACAAAAAGAACCUAAAAUACCUACAAAAAAUACCUACAAAAAAAAUCAACACAAAUAGAAAGGAAAAGACAUUUUUUUCUCUUUUUGAAUCAAGCAAAUUUUAUCUGAUUUUUUUUUGUUUUGUGAUUAACAUUUCGUUGCAGAACAACUAAAAUGUAAAAGUAAAAUUUAAGUUCAAACUUGAUGCGCGCUAAUUGCAUAAAUUGUACACAUUUUAAUUUUAAAAUAAAGAAAAAAAGUAUUACAA